CUUACCUAAAACCCUAGUAAGCGACCCCAGCAGUAAAGCACUAGUCUCCGCCAUCGCAUAAACCACUUUCUGCUUUUGCUACCUGGGAAAAGAGAUGGUAAGCGACAGCGAAGCGGAGAAGACGGCCCAGAAGGAGAAAGAGAAGAAGAAGUUAUUAGCUUUAGCCCCAAUCGCCAAACCCCUUGCUGGCAAGAAGCUCUGCAAGCGUACCCUCAAACUCGUCCGCCGAGGUGCGGAGCACAAAUGCCUGAAGAGAGGAGUUAAGGAGGUGGUUAAAAGUAUCCGGCGCGGUAGCAAAGGAUUAUGUGUAAUAGCGGGAAAUAUAUCUCCUAUUGAUGUCAUAACUCAUGUUCCCAUCUUGUGUGAAGAGUCUGACAUACCCUACAUAUAUGUUCCCUCGAAAGAAGAUCUUGCAAAUGCUGGAGCCACCAAGAGGCCAACGUGCUGUGUUCUGGUGCUAACCAAGCCUACCAAGGGGGAGCUUGGUCAGGAGGAACAAGAAAAACUGAAGGCAGAUUAUGAUCAGGUUGUAACUGAGGUGUCUGAACUUACUGCCUCUAUGUUUUGAAGGACAAAACAUAACAAUCUAGUUUGUAAUCUCUUACUGAUGCUGCUUGUUUGGCUAUUAUAGCAUGCGGUUAUUUGUCAGUCUUAUGAGACAGAGCAACAGCAGGGCAAUUCCUUUAUUUAUGUUGUGUGCAUAAGAUGGAUAGAGAAACUCAGGUCAAGUUUCUGUUUUCACACGAAUUGUUCUUAAAUGUGGGUAGAGUUUAUGGGAAGUGACCUAGCAAUCAGGAUAUAUAUAUAUAUAUAUUCUAGCAAAUACCCUUUUAUUGGUGAGGAGGGAGGGUACAUAAGAAUCAUACGAUAUAUUCCCCCUUAAGC